ACAAGAAUGCGCCGGACAAUAAGUUGUAAUCAUGUUGAAGAUAUGAAUAAAAAUGAAGUGAAAGAAAGAUCAAAUCAACCAGACAAACCAAUCCACAGACAUGCUGAUUCAUUAUUUAGUACAGCCAGCGGAUUUACCAACUAUCGGGGACUCCUCAACCUUUGUAUUCUACUGCUGGUGUUGGCAAAUACAAGACUGUUCUUGGAAAACAUUUUAAAAUAUGGGAUAUUGAUUGACCCCUUAAAGGUCAUUCAUUUGUUCCUGUCACAGCCCUACAGCUGGCCCAACAUCUGUCUCGUCCUAGGUGCUGGAGCUUUCAUAUUGGUAGCGUACUACACAGAACGUCUACUGGCAAAGGAGUAUGUGUCAGAGAAGUUCGGGUUCCUUGUACACGCUAUCAAUUUAAGUUUGUUACUGAUCAUCCCAGCUGGUGUGAUCCUGUAUCUCCACCCAUUCCCAGCAUUUUCCUGUGUAACAUGUGGGGUAUACACUGUGUCAUUCCUCAAACUUGUGUCCUAUGCCAGCGUCAAUAAAUGGUGCCGACAGAAGAAAGAGACUAAGAAAGUCCGACGGAGCAGGUCAAUGUCAGAAAGUCCAAAGAAUGGUGUAAAUGGACAAACAGCUAACAUCGUUGUAUCCUACCCAGAUAACCUCACACACGGUGAUCUGUGGUACUUUAUGGUGGCCCCUACUUUGUGUUACGAGUUAAACUUUCCUCGUUCUCUAAGGAUAAGGAAACGUUUCCUCAUCAAACGAAUCGUGGAAAUGCUGUUUCUGUCUCAGCUGAUGCUUGGUUUGAUCCAACAGUGGAUUGUGCCGACUGUACAGAACUCAAUGAGACCACUUCAAGAUUUGGAGCUGUCUCGGGUUUUAGAAAGGCUGCUCAAACUUGCGGUACCUAACCAUUUGAUAUGGUUGAUAUUUUUCUACUGGGGUUUUCAUUCCUGUCUCAAUGUAUCAGCAGAGCUACUAAAAUUUGGUGACCGUGAGUUUUACAAGGACUGGUGGAAUGCAGAGUCUGUUACAGAAUUCUGGCAGACCUGGAACAUUCCAGUACACCGCUGGUGUGUCAGACAUUUGUACAAGCCCCUGGUGAAGAGAGGAUAUUCCAAACAGCUGGCAUCAGUCUUGGUAUUUGCCAUGUCUGCUUUUUUUCAUGAGUACCUUGUAAGUGUGCCCCUCAGAAUGUUCAGGGUCUGGGCUUUUCUUGCCAUGUUGGGACAGGUUCCUUUGGCGCAGUUUGUACAGAAAUACAUCCAUGGAAAAUAUGCCAACAUGGUGGUGUGGCUCUCCCUCAUCCUCGGUCAACCUAUUGCCAUCUUCUGCUAUGUCCAUGAUUAUUAUAUGAUCAACUUUGCCCCGUUGGCAAACCAGACAAACACAAUGUAACUUUGUCAUCCAUUUUUAUAAAGAUGUUUUGAUGUCAAAAUACAAAGCAAAUGAUUUAAUUAUCUGUGUGUAAGUUGAAGCUGACUGUGUGUGAUCUAAUUACUGCUAUACUUGUUAAGUGUGUGAGAUAAUUGUUACAUAACUUUACAUGUAUGUUUAAUGUAUAAGAUAACUGCUGAUCUCAUACUACAGUGUUUAGAGUUAUCAGCAUGGCAUAGACAUUGAAAACAUCAAGUCACAUGUAGAUAUUGAGUGGAACUCACUGAUAGUUUGUAAGAACAUUUUUGUGUGAUUUUCUUGCCAAGAAUGAACUAGUUCCUAUUCUGUUGUAUAUAGUUGGAUGAUCACAUUGAAACCCCCGCCCCCGCCCCCCCUCCCCCCCCCAAAAAAAAAAAUUACAAAACUAAAACUAAAAAUUAUCUAAUGCAGUCAAUCUUGAAUUAAGACUUGCUUAAAACAGCAUGUACUUCCUGUAAACUGUGAUCUUGGUUUAGGACUGACAACUUUGAAUAGUUAACACCUGUACAGACAGGACACUGUUAACAUAUGUUGAUUUUCAUAGUUGGAGAUCGUUAAUUUCUACUAUUGUAUGCUUUUAACACAAAAUUCAUCAAAAUGCAGUACGAAAUACAUGACAGAAAUGUCACGUCUUUGAUGGAAAUUCUUCAGCUUAAAAUAAAUACAGCUUUAAGCUUAAAACAAUAUGGAAUGUUUCCCUGUGGCUGACUUCACUGGUAAACCAUUAGACCAAAGAACAUUCUACUAGUCAUCCUAAAAUCAUGUCAUGAACUUAGAGGAUAGAUAUGUGUAUCAUUUCAGAUUGAUGAUUUCAAAAAUCAUUACUGAAAAUUUACAGGAGUGAACAUUGUCCCUCUGUACCUUGUAAUAACUGCUUAGUGUAUAAGUACUCUGUAAUGUUGCACAAAACAAUGCAAAAGACCAAAUAUCACAAAAGAGAAGGAAAAUAAAGAUAAAUGGAAAAAUAUCAUAAAGAGAAGGUAGUAAAAAUUUUAUUCAAAUGUAAAAACAUUGCAAAAAAGUUGAGUUUCAUUGAAGUCAGGAAAUGUAGGAUUUAUGAAAUAGAAACCAUCUUUUGGUAACAAAAUUUAUCUAAAGGAAUUUUUAAACUAUUGAUCAGCAAUUUGGCCUUAAACAUAAUAAGUUAUCUCCUCCCAAAAUGUCUUGCGAUCACAAUCAAGGACAGGAGGAAGUGAUACGAUAAUCAAGUGCUCAGGUAUAUCAACAGAUGACUUAAGUCUCUACUUUCAUUGUUUAAUUAUUUUUGUAUGUAUUUUAAAAAUGCAUGCUGUAUGUAAUAUUAUAGACUAUAUAAAAUUAUUUGUUGUAAUUUACAAUUUACAAUGUAAUUCAGUUUUCAGAUUUUUUCUAUCUACAUGUGUGUAAUUUUGUUCUAUGUUUUUGCUGGUGUUUGUACCAGAAAUCCUGGGACGUACUGCUGUAAACUGUGCUAUUACCUGUUAGAGGGUGGUCAACACGUUAGUGUGCCACUUCCCAAAUAUCAAGUUUGCCACUUCCCAAAUAUCAAUCAAUGGACUGCAAAAGUUGGUUGAAUACACAUUGUAUAGUUAACAUUUUGUUUUGUAGAGUUUAAAUAUUUAAAAAAGAAAAUGUAGAUAAAAAGAGUAAGCAGAGUCAAUACCAUAUUGUUGUACAUGUAGUUUGUGUUAUAUCAGAAGAACAGUACCAUAUUGUUGUACAUGUAGUUUGUGUUAUAUCAGAAGAACAGUACCAUAUUGUUGUACAUGUAGUUUGUGUUAUAUCAUAAGAACAGUACCAUAUUGUUGUACAUGUAGUUUGUGUUAUAUCAUAAGACCAGUACCAUAUUGUUGUACAUGUAGUUUGUGUUAUAUCAGAAGAACAGUACCAUAUUGUUGUACAUGUAGUUUGUGUUAUAUCAUAAGAAGUACCAUAUUGUUGAAUUCUUGUACAUGUUAUACAGUCAGAUUGGUACCAUAUUGUUGAAUUCUUGUACAUGUUAUACAGUCAGAUUGGUACCAUAUUGUUGACUACAUGUUGCAUUUGGUAUGGAGGUUAUUGGUUUUCAUAAAGGCUGCUACUUUUAGAUGAAACUUUUCACAACCUUGCAAAAAUUUCAAAAUUAUACAGGAAAACUUGUGAAAAUUCCAUUGGCAUAAUCAUAUUUAGAGAGUUUAUUUAAUACUUAUGAUCAUGACAAUAACUUGCUUAGUAUAGAGUAACUUUGAACAAAUGUCAUCAUUACCUGGUUAUCAAACUUGAGUUGAUGAUUUUUUGUUUCGCUAAUAAUUAUCCUAUGAUAUAAUAAUUAGACAUAGCCAUGCCUACUUAGAACUUGACAUGUAUAAAUACUUGAUGCUCAUUUGUUGAUAUAAAUAUCUGUGAUAUGAAUGUCUUACUCAUAACAUCUACCAGUUCUUAUAAUUUUGUUUGUCAGUAAACAUUUGUAGAUAAUGAAGAUAAUUUGAGCGAUAUCUAUUGUAAUAUAAAUGUACUUAAAACCUGACAAUAUUACUGGUUCAGUUUGGAGUUGACACAGAGCUAGUCUCUAUCAUAAUAUAUUUCUACAUUCCCUUUUACUAUUUGCUGUAGGAAGUUGUAAUUAGUAUGAAGUGUUGUAAUAUUAUCUGCAUUAUACUUGAGGUUUUAUAAAACCCUGGUAUUCAUUGUAUAGAUAUCAAUUCAGCUUCAACUGUACAUACCAAUGUAUACAUUAUAAGAACAAGCUGAGAAAUUGUGGUACAAAGGUGCUAUUUUUAUAGUUGUAAUGCUAUUCUACUCAAAUUUUGUUUUGAAAAAGUAAAAUUAUUUUGUCGCUUGAUACAUAAAUGGAUUCGCAAAUACUGUUUGGUAUUUCGUACACAACACGUGGCUAGAGCAGGCUUCUGUUAGCUGUGUGGUGAUAUGGAUCAUUUCUUUUCAAUAAAGUGAUAUCUGCUAAACCAG